UAUUACAUAUAUAUAGGGAGAGAGAGAGCAUUUUCGUCUGCUUUAGAAUUUGACGUUAUUUGGUUACUUUUUGAACCCAUCUGAGCUUGAGACAGCGAUUCUUCUCUCUCUCUCUCCCUGCAUUUUGUUGUCUGUCGAAAUCAACAUCACACUUAAGCAUAACUUCCAUCACGUUUUCUCAUCUUCUCCGUCAACUUCUCUCGUAAUAAACCCUCCCCAACGCGGGCAUUUUCCGGCUGCUUUGGUUUCUUCGUAACCCGUAAGAAUUGAACAUCGAUUCGGCCCUAUAAAUAAUAAUGGCCGCAACUGCAUUUCACCAAGCCAUUGGGACUCUUCAGUCUCGUGGAUAUUUCAGUGAUUCCUUUGACCGUCAUGAGUUUGAAAAUGCUUCAGUGAGAUUGAUCUCAAAGGGUAUUAAGGCUAAUGUUGGACCAUUGAGAAAAGGAAGUUAUUGCUCUAGAUUGAGGAAGUUUAGUGUAAUUAAAGCAUCAACUUCUCAAACUCUGGAGUUUGGCUCGGUUUCAUCCCCAUCAACUAACAACAGCAAUGGCAACGUAAAGAAAUCAAAUGAAGCAGCUUUAAUCCUAAUUCGCCAUGGUGAGUCGUUGUGGAAUGAAAAGAACUUGUUCACUGGUUGUGUUGAUGUGCCGUUAACUAAGAAGGGUGUAGAAGAGGCAAUUGAAGCUGGCAAGAGAAUUAGCAAUAUACCUGUUGACACAAUAUAUACAUCUGCGCUGAUUCGUGCACAGAUGACUGCUAUGCUUGCUAUGACGCAGCACCGUCGCAAGAAGGUGCCAAUCAUCAAACACAGUGAGAGUGAACAAGCAAAGGCUUGGAGUAAAAUUUUCAGUGAGGAAACUGAAAAGCAGUGCAUUCCAGUUAUAACAGCUUGGCAACUGAAUGAAAGAAUGUAUGGGGAAUUACAAGGUCUAAAUAAGCAGGAGACAGCAGAUAGAUAUGGAAAGGAACAAGUUCAUGAGUGGCGUCGUAGUUAUGACAUACGCCCACCCAAUGGCGAGAGUUUGGAAUUGUGUGCUGAGAGAGCUGUUGCUUACUUUAAAGAACAUAUUGAACCCCAACUUUUAUCUGGAAAGAAUGUGAUGAUUGCUGCCCAUGGGAAUUCAUUGAGGUCUAUCAUCAUGUAUCUUGACAAAUUAACUACCCAAGAGGUUAUUAGCUUGGAACUUUCGACUGGGAUACCUAUGCUUUACAUAUUCAAAGAGGGAAAGUUUAUGAGGAGGGGAAGUCCUGUAGCUCCUAACGAGGCAGGGGUAUAUGCUUAUACUAAGAAUUUGGCUCAGUACAGGCAGAAGUUAGAUGAGACGGUUAAUUGAUAUGACAAAUUGGGGCUUACCUUCCGUUGCAUUUACAAUCUUCAAACCUAUUGUGUUGUAUUUGAGGUGGAAAGUAGAGUAGUUUCCGCUAGCAAGUUUUGUGAAACAUAUAGAUACAGUUUUCAGUUGUAAGUAGAUCAUAAGAUGCGUACUCAUACUUUCUGAAUGCAUCAACCAAAGCUAGUUCUGUUCCUUUUUAAGUGUAGCUGUUUCUGUUGGACAGUAAAAGUUAAUCAUGUGAUAUAGACUGUAAUAAGAAUUAAAUUUGGGACUUCAAUUUCUGUGGCAUUUGUUGAUGCUUAUAUUAAUUAGCUUCAGCACGUAUCGAGC